AUGUGGAACUGCAUGAGCAAAGGCACAAGGGCCUACAGUGAACAACAUACUUUGGGAAUGUCCAGUUCUCCAUGUGGCAAGAGCAUCGGGUACAUAGGUAGGAUGGAGCAGAAGGUUUUUGUCAUGGAAUUGACGAGAAUGUCGGACAUGACAAAGCUCCAUCAAGCUGUGGCUGCAGGGGACUAUACUCUAGUGAGAAAGAUUUUGAAGAAAGGUCUCUGUGACCCAAACUACAAGGACGUGGACUGGAAUGACCGAACCCCCCUUCACUGGGCUGCAAUCAAAGGGCAUAUGGAGGUGAUGAAGCUCCUCAUACAGUGCGGAGCCAGACCCUGCCUGGUAACUGAUGUGGGCUGGACCCCAGCUCACUUUGCAGCUGAGUCAGGCCAUCUGCCUGUGCUCAAAAUGCUCCACGCAUUGCAUGCCGCCAUCGAUGCCCCCGACUUCUUUGGAGACACGCCAAAGAGGAUCGCACAGAUCUAUGGGCAGAAAGCCUGUGUGGCAUUCCUGGAGAAGGCCGAGCCCGAGUGCCAGGACCACCGCCUCACCGCCAGGCAGAAGGGGCUGCUGUUGGAUCAGCGGGACCCAGACUGGGAUGCCAAGAAAAGGGAGAUGGAGCUGUCUCUUCCUUCCUCGACUCGAAACACUAAUAAGAAAAAGCAUAAGAAAAGUCGAGGCCCCACCAAGCUCAGCAAUACCAAGGAGAGGAAAGUGUGAGAAGGCUGGGCCACAGAGGCUGGAACCUAUGUUUUCUGGUGGGAGACUUUCCCUAGUACCAGAGUAGAGCUUGUCAGGCGUGUGUUGUCUUUACCUGAUUUUACUCAUAGGUCAUUAUCCAGAUGGCUUCUACUGGUAGCUCAAGACCUGUCAUUCAACCGGAAGUCUUGCCCUGAGGCUGUCCUCCCUAUUGUCUCCUCACUAAUACCUGCUGUCCACAGAACUACCAGGCGGGAGACAAGUGUCAGCUGCUUGC